AUAAACUCCGCUAACCAGAGCUAACUGGAGCUAACCUGAACUAACCCCGCUAACCUGAGCUAACCCGAGAUAACCAGAGCUAACCCGAACAAACCUCGCUAACCUGAGCUAACCUGAGCUAACCACAGGUGAGCCGCAGGUCCUCCUGAACUCCUGCUGACUACAGCUGUAGCUGCUGUAGAAACGCUGGGAAUAUUAUGGGCUGUUGUGUCUCCAGAGGUUUUCUGGACUAACUACCAGCUGCCUGCAGAUUCACUGAUACACAUGGAGAACUUCACUGAGGCCUUCUGAAACACCUCCAGCUGAUUACCUGUACGACAGGUGAGCCGUGCUGACCUGUGUGGGCGUUGCCAGGGCGAUGGCUCUGAUCGAAGGCGUGGGAGACGAGGUAACGCUGCUGUUUGGCUCCCUGCUGCUGCUGACGGUGCUGCUGCUCGCCUGGAUCUCCACCCGCACCUCCGACCCCCCAGAACACCUGUUCACCUCCUCCACAGGCCCCGCCUCCUCACCGAGGACAGGACACGCCCAGCAGGACACGCCCCCCUCCUCCACCAGCGCCGCCUCCUUAUCGUCCUCCUCUCCGUCUUCGGCCUCCAGCUCCGUGAGCGACGGCGCCGCGACGGAGGCCCCGCCCACCGCACAGGAGGAGAGGGCGGAGCCUCUAUCUGCCAGGAACAUGGUGGUCCGCCUGAAGUUCCUGAACGACACGGAGAGAACGGCUCAGGUGAAACCACAGGACACCAUUGGCUACAUCAAACGGACCUACUUUGCGGGUCAGGAGCAGCAGGUCCGACUCAUCUAUCAGGGUCAGCUGCUGCAGGACGACGCUCAGACUCUGGCGUCACUGAACCUCGUCCAUAACUGCGUCCUGCACUGUCACAUCUCGCAGCACGCCGGGCGGGGGGCAGCGGGUGGGCCACGGCCUGCCGACCAGGUGCAGGUGGCGCUGAACGUGGGCAGCCUGAUGGUGCCGCUGCUGGUGCUCAUGCUUUCGGUUUUGUGGUACUGUCAGAUCCAGUACCGGCAGUUCUUCACCGCCCCGGCCACCGCCUCGCUGGUCGGAGUCACCAUCUUCCUCAGCCUGGUGGCCUUUGGGGUCUACCGCCGCUAGCUGCUCUCUGAUUGGCUGCUGACCUCUGGCCCGCGGGAGGAAAGGGACGCUGGUGAUAGUUAAUGUUUGUUUCUGUUGCCAUGGAGAUGGGGAGUGUACACAAGGACUUUAAUUUUUAUUAUUUUUAGAUCAAGUUUAGGUUUCUCAUUAUCAUCAUCGUGCCUCUCUGACCUUCAGAAUCGUCUGUGUGUGUCUGUCUGUAUCUGUGUGUCUGUCUCUGUCUGUCUGUCUGUCUGUCUGUCUGUAUGAAGGGGAGGAAAAUUCAUGUGAGUUUCAGCUUUUGAGAAAAGAGAAAAUCUAUUAAAUGAUGAACUGAU